AUGCCGCGGCGAAUGAGAGUCGGGCUUGUACAUGCCCUGCUGCUCUUUGUCUGCAUUGAACGAGCCCAUGUGCACCAAGCUGCUGGCCAAGACAGGAGGGCGAGCAAGGUCGCAAGAGGAUCCCCUCAGUUCUGCUGUCAACACAAGGCGAGCUGUGCAGGGAGAGUCGUCUCCUUGAAGCAAAUCAUCUCAAACAGGAUCCCACAGAUCUGUGAGAAAUGUGCGAAAGAAAACUUCGGCGAGGCUGUGAAUGUCACGAGGGAAGAGUUCCCGCUGGUGGAGGAGGGGAAGGAGUGCACCGAGGUCCCUCAGAAACGAAGGGCCACGUCGAUGCUGGUGGCUCAAGUCAACCCCGUCGUUGUAGGAGGGCACGGAGAGGCUCUGCAAGGAGACGAGUUCCCGUCCCGUGCCCUUGAUCGCUCUUGGUUCGCAAACGUCCUCAAUGCUCAGAGGUACAUGUGCGAACUCGCCAACUUGUGCUCGCACCUGCUGGCAUGUGAUGAACUAGUGGACGCGCUUGACGUCGAGGCCCUACAGAACUUGACGUUCCAGCCCGAGAGCUUCGAACUUUCUCUUUCCCGCUACAUCUCCCACCUGAGGAACGAUGCGGAGAGGCGUGCUAGCAGCCUUCAUAGGGAACACGCGGCGGGUCCCUCAGUCUCUAUGGGGCCUCCAGCGCGGAACUCUUCUCUGUGCCAGGUCCAUCAGGAGUGGCUGAAGACAGGAAUGGACAAGUCGAGGAGGAAGUCGUUCCUAGCUUGCUGCUGGAGGGAGAUGAAGCAGGAGGCAAGGAAGCAGCUGGAGGAAGAGAUCCCCAACUUGAGAGGAGACCCCUCCUUCCUCCCCGUCCUGUUCGCUGCACAUUGCAGGUGCCGCCUCGUCUUCUGCCUCCACCCGCUCCAGCCCGAGUCCAGCAGCGACCCAGCAGGAGCGCACAGAUGCUGGAACGAAGUCUUGCUCCCGGACAUGAGAUGGAUCCACUGCGACCCCCUUACCGGCGCCAUCAACUCGCCGGACGCCAUGGACGGGGAGCUCCAUCGCUCCUCCCAGGCCCCCGUCUCUUACGUCUUUGCUGUGGAGAGGCAGCGGCUCGUUGACGUGACCAGGAGGUCGAAUCUCCUCCUCACACUUGUCGCAUCUGACUCCUCGAAGCUCAUCGCAGGAGCACGACGAAGGCAGGAGGAGCUUCCAACCAACCCGGAUGCCUAUCGCAAGCAUCCUUACUUUGUGCUUGAAGACGGUUUGGCUGAGAAUGAGGUAUUCCGGCCAGGAAAGAGGCCGGCACCGAUAGGAACGAUCGCAGUGAAGGAUGCGAUGAAGAAGAUCUACAGGAGGGAAGACGUUUCGACGUUGAGGACGAGGGACGAGUGGAAGAAGAUCCUCUACAGCGUGCGGGAAGGCGAAGCUCCAGUCAAGAUGCUGGAAGACCUUCACAACAGCAUGUUGCGACAGACCCAAGGGGGGGAGACGCCCCUGGCGCAGCUCCAUCGACUCUCUGCCUGCGAGCUCUUCGGGGAGUGGCAGGUGGAGCCGUUUGAGCCGGGAAGGGCUCGGGAUGGCAAAGUGCCCAAGAACGAGAAAGGGCACGUCGAGCUGCUGUCUCCUCACCACCUCCCGCAGGGCUGCAGCUACAUCGACCUUCCGACAGCUGCUCUGGCUGCUCGGCGCUUGAAGGUCGGGGAGGAGCAGGUGGACCAUGCUCCUGCGCUGGUGGACAAGGUCGUGAGGUCGGGUCGCAUCCUCCCGAUCUUCGAUGGGAUUGUCGUCUGCAAAGAGCACGAGGCUCAAGUUCGCGCUCUCGCCUCCUCCAAGAGGCUCCCAGCUGUGCCGGCAAAGAAGCCAGAGGCCAAGGUUGAGGGGCAAACGAGCGAGGAGGAGGCGGCAAGGGUCUUGUCCAAGCUGAGGAGGAUCAUUCAGACUGUGACGGACUUGUUUCACCCCAUCGAUAAGCUCGAUUCAGCCGUCUUGUGCUCGAGUGCGGAUCUUCAAGGAAACAUCAGGAAACUCACGCGAGAGUUUUCUUCCGUGAACGAACAGAUGCGAGGGCUGAAGAGAGAUGGUAAGAAUGACCUGCUUCUGCUGCAAGACUUCACGUUCAAUGCUGUGGAUCAACCCAAGACUGUCACUGAAGAAAAUACAAUCAAGAAUGAAGUGAAGAAUCUUUUUGAUGUGAUCGAGAUGGUUUUGGUUGCAAUGAUGCAGAACUGCGAAGAAGAUUCAACGCGUUCCACCCAAGUGAUGCAUAUUAUCAGUCGCUCGGUAGAAAAUUUGCUGGAUGUAUCUAACGAUUUGCAAAUGUUUGUGAAUAUGUCGACAAGUCGAGGAUUGAAAAGUAACAGCUUGUAA